UACACAGUCAAUAGCAAAAAUGCUACAUUAAUUUAAAAAAAAAAGCAACAAUGAAGCUGUUAAAGUUUCAUCUCAGAUACUACCCUCCGGGUAUAGUUCUGGAGUACUUGCAAAAGGGUAUUGUUAAAAACAAGGACAUCGACCUCCUAGACUUAAACUGCAAUUCGGACACGAAAGAAAUAGCGAGAAAUCUGUACAAACGAGAGCGUCUGAUCACGGAGGAUGUCUGCGAACAGCUGGAACAGUGCCUAGACACGUUGAAGAAGAGGAUAGAACACGAAGGACCGACGGGCAAGCGGUUCUACAUCUACAAAACCUUGCAGACUCACGUCCUACCAUUGACAAAUGUCUGUUUUGACAAAAAUGGUACCAGAUGUCUUUCGGGAAGCUAUGACAGAACUUGUAAGAUAUGGGACGUGGAGAUUGGCAAAGAGAUGAGAUCUCUGACGGGUCAUCAAAAUGUGGUGUACUCGGUCAGCUUCAAUUUUCCAGCAUGCAAUAGAGUGCUGACUGGUUCCUUCGACAAGACAGCGAAGAUCUGGGACCCAGAGACCGGCGAAUGUCUCGCCACCCUUUGGGGUCAUAGCGGUGAGGUUGUAGCUGCUCAGUUCAGUCCCAAGGGAGAGUACGUCGCUACUGGUUCCAUGGACCAUCUUGCUAAGUUGUAUGAUGCUGAAACUGGCGCUGAAGUGAAAACUUACACGGGACAUACGGCAGAGGUGAUCGCAUUGCAGUUUGACCCAAAUGAGGGCCAGAGGCUCAUAACUGGUUCCUUUGACGGAACAAUAUCACUGUGGGAUACGAGAGUCCAGGAACGCGUCUCUGUGUUACGCGGCCACGAGGGUGAAAUCUCGAACGUGCAGUUCAAUUGGGACAGUUCGCUGGUCGGCUCGGCGUCCCUGGACGGCAGCGCCCGUCUCUGGGACGCCCGCAGCAGCACCUGUCUCGCUACAGUCGCCUCACACACUGACGAGGUGUUAGACAUCUGUUUCGACUGGGCGGGUCAGCGCAUGGCGACGUCUUCCAGCGACUGCUCGGCGCGCGUGUACGACGUGCGCUCGGACUUCAAGGAGCUCGCCGUCAUGCGCGGCCACAGGGAGGAAGUCUCUAAGGUGCGAAUAGUUUGCUUCAGUCCAGCGGGGGGCUGUUUGUUGACUGCCUCAGCUGAUCGGAGCGCUCGGGUCUGGAACACCACCACGGGCAACUGCGUACAGGUGUUAUCCGGUCAUCAGGGCGAGAUAUUCUCUUGCGCUUAUUCUUACGCAGGAGACGCCAUCAUCACCGCCUCUAAAGACAACACCUGCAGGAUUUGGAGAUGACUUGACUGGUGGUUCUAAAUGAAGGAUACUCAACAGAAACUUUAACUAUUAUUAUUAGAAAUUGACAGUGAUUAAAACUCUACUGCAAAAUGUUGCAUUUUUUAUAGAUUGAUGAUGUUGG